ACUGCAUUUAAAUGCUUACAUAUUAUACAGCACAAAGUGACAUUUAUUUUUGUGACCUAACCUAAACCCUAUGUUUUCGUUGCAAUAAAAACAUGUCUGCGAUAGAUCGUGUUCGUAUUAUGGUUUUAGGUGAUUCGGGUGUUGGGAAAACGUCGUUCGUUCAUUUAGCCGCAAAUAAUGAACCAAUUCGCACCCCUGGCUGGACGGUGGGUUGCUCUGUAGAAGUUAAAUUGCAUGAGUACAAGGAAGGAACACCUGGGCAGGUCUCCUACUUUGUGGAAUUCUGGGAUGUCGGAGGCAGCAAUAACCAUAGAAACACAAGGCAUGUCUUCUACAAUCCAUGCCAUGGUGUGAUUUUGGUCCAUGAUCUGACCAACAAAAAGUCUGAGGAAAAUUUGAAGAAAUGGUUGCAUGAGAUUGUUAACAGAGACAUAAACUCUAGUCUGGUAUCAGUGCAGAGCUUUGAUGAUGCUGAUCCAGAGAACUUCUUUGGAUUCACGCAAAUCCCUAUUUUGGUGAUUGGCACCAAAUUGGAUCAAGUGGAUGAUAAGAAGAUGGUUUCUAGGUCUGCGAAAAUUGCCAAUCAAUUGGAUGCGGACGAGAUCCUGUUGGAUUGUCGGCAAACCAGGUACAUUGCUGCAGGAACGUCGAAUGCAGUUAAACUGUCCAGGUUUUAUGAUAAGGUCAUCGAUAAACGGUAUUAUUCCUGUAAAUCUAUUCCCUAUUUGAACAGGUACAGCACAACCUCGCCUAUCUUACCAUCCAAAUUUUAUUCGCCUUCACAUCAAGACUAAAUAAUUACCAUAUAUAAUGAUUAAUCAAUCACGCUUUUAUCAUAUUUUAAUUCGGGCUUUGUCCACUUUUCAUUUAAUGCAA